CUCCAUACCAAAACAAAAAACAAACAUUUAUUAUCUUCUUAUAUUUUGCCACUGGUAUUGACAGAAUCACAUGCUUACACACACCUCCAUAAAGUGAUAGCAUAGACUAGCAAAUUCAGCCAAUAGAGAGAAGAAGAAGAAGUAGUAGUAGUAGUAGUUGUACCAUAAAAUUCGUUUUUGACUCUUCUUUGAGAUAAUAAUCACUCUGUCUUGUAUUCUCCUCCCUUCAACUCUCUUAACUCCUUAAUUAUUCCCCUGUUCUCAAUUCUCAAUUCUCAAUUCUCAAUCUAUAUGCAAAUAAAUAAAAUAAUUAUAAAACCCUUCAUUGUUCAUUCUUUUGAGUCACACACACUUCGCUAUUUGCUCUCACGAAUGUUCUCUACGAAUGCAAAACCCCUCCUCUUCCGCUGCCAUGCUUCCGCCGGAGACAUCUCCCUGGGUCCCACCUCCUUCCCCCGCCUCUUUCAAUCACUCUCCCUUCCAACCACUGCAACCGUCUCCGGUGGGCUCAAAAUCAUCCAAGGCCACGACGGAGUAGCACCCUUCAUGGAGAGUGGCGGCGCCGCAGCGAGACGCGCCGGAGGAAACGAGGGAAUGAGGGUGAAAGCGAAGGAGAAGAAAUGGUCACGAAAUAGAGAAGGUUACAUGGUUGAUAAUAGUGAACCUCUUCCACUUCCCAUGAAUUACCCUGAUUCUUCUCCUGUUUCUUCUGAAGAGAUUGACAAGCGUCUUCAAUGUGACCCCAAAUUUGAGGAUUGUAAAGAGGUGGUUUAUGAAUGGACUGGUAAGUGUCGUAGCUGCCAAGGAUCGGGAUAUGUAAGCUACUAUAAUAAAAGAGGGAAAGAGGUCACUUGCAAAUGUAUUCCUUGUAUGGGAAUUGGAUAUGUGCAGAAGAUAACAGCUCGCAAAGAUAUUGAUUUAAUGGAGGAUUUGGAUAAUGGAAAACCGCCACUGAAUAGGCUCAGGUAUAAAAUGUCAACUACAAGUUUCCUUGAUUUCAAAUACAACCUCUCAAAGAGAAAGUACUUGAGGAAGCCAUCGCGUAUGUUGUCAAGGGAGAGGCAAAACUCUGGACUGAAAAACAUUUUUCAGCCUAGUGUUGAUGAGAUGAAGAUGGUGUUUGACAAAUUUGAUUCCAAUAAAGAUGGGAAAAUAUCUCAACAGGAAUACAAAGCCACCCUGAAAUCUCUAGGCAUGGGGAAAUCGGUUCAUGAAGUGCCAGAUAUUUUUCGGGUGGUCGAUUUGGAUGGAGAUGGAUUCAUCAAUUUUGAAGAAUUUAUGGAGGCUCAGAGGAAGGGUGGUGGUAUUAGGUCGUUGGAUAUACAGAGUGCAUUUAGAACAUUUGAUAAGAAUGGUGAUGGGAAAAUAAGUGCUGAAGAAGUUAAAGAAAUGUUGUGGAAGCUGGAAGAAAGGUGCAGCCUUGACGAGUGCAGGCGAAUGGUGAGAGCAGUGGACACUAAUGGAGAUGGCAUGGUUGACAUGAACGAGUUUGUGGCCAUGAUGACUCAAUCCAUGAGACAUGUUUGAAUGCUUAUGUUAUGGCUAUGUUUCUUUAGGUGUUUAUUUAUGUGCUCAAUAAAGCUGGAUUGUGAAAUCAGUGGUUCAAUACGUAUUAGUAGUCUCACAAUAAUUUCAUCAUUUUAUACCGAUUUUCAUGUGAAUUCAAAAAAGUAUAUAAAUAAAAGUGAGAAUAAUAUUUUUUCUAAACUA